UUUAAGGAUGUAAAUAAGAAGCUGCAGGAAGACAACCAAGAACUUAGAGACCUAUGUUGUUUCUUGGAUGACGACAGACAAAAAGGAAAACGGAUUUCCAGAGAGUGGCAAAGGUUGGGAAGAUAUACUUCAGGGAUCAUGCAGAAAGAAGUUGCUUUGUAUUUACAGAAACUGAAGGAGCUUGAAGUAAGACAAGAAGAAGUGGUAAAGGAAAACCUUGAAUUAAAAGAACUUUGUUUUUUGCUAGAUGAAGAGAAGAUUGGGGUAGCAGGUAGUCGGAGUUCCAUUGACAGUCAGAAUAGCCUCUGUCAGUUGACUGCAACGACCAGUACAUUUCUACGAGAUGUUGGUGAUGGAAGCAGCACAUCCAGUGCAGGUAGCACAGAUAGCCCAGACCAUCAUAAAGUAAACUCUACCAACAGUCCUGAACACCUCCAAAAAAGCAGAGGUGAAGGAAGUCCUGAACACCAGAAACAUGGAAGUGGCAGCCCGGAACAUCUUCAAAAGCCUAGGAGUUCAUCAAGUCCUGACCAUCAGAAACAUCUGAAAAGUGCAAGUCCAGAACAUCAUAAAAGUGUGGGUAAAAGUAGUCCAGAGCCACAAAGGCAUUCUUGUAGUAGCCCAGAAAAUCUACAAAAGCAGAUAUUAAGUAGUAGCCCUGAACAUUUUAAAAAGCAUAGGUCUGGUGGUAGUCCAGAAUACCAAAAGCUCAGCAGUGGCAGCCCAGAACAUCUUCAAAAACAUACAUUAAGUGGAAACUCAGAACAUCUUCAAAAAGCAAGGGUUAGUAGCCCUGAGCAUCUCAGACAACAUUUUGGAGGUAGCCCAGAACAUCUCAAACUUUUGAGUGCGAGCAGCAGGGAAGGCACCUUAAGGAGACAAGUAGCAGAUGAAAUGUCAUCUCAUCACAGAAGUGUGUACAAUGGAAUGAAUGGUGGGUGGACAAGCCUACUGAAAUCCCCAUUUGCUUAA